GUGAGGUUAGGCGAAGGACAUCACGGGCACGUCGCCCUCGUCCUCCGAAAUCCCGCCUCAAUUCCUCCGUCACUUCCCCACGCUUUCCUUCUCUCUCGACUUCACCGGAACCUUCUGGAAUCCUUCUCCUUUGGCAACACUAGUAUAGGACCGUCGCGUCUUACUCACUAAUUAAGGCCAUCCUCGUAAUUUCAUCACUCCCGCCUACUCCUAUAACUAGUAGUCCUUCCUCUUUCCCUGUCCCACUCAUCCUGUUUCUCUUUGCUCGUCUCUUUUUGCCUGAUUUCUCCAAUGGACAGGGGUGGAUAUUAUUAUGGUGGCGCCGGUCGCUACAGGGGAGCGCCAAGAGGCCGGAAUGUCGGCAGAUCGGGGGGAGGACCACCGCGCGGCGGUGGUGGAAGAGACUUUCAUCGCCAGCCACAGCCUCACUAUGAUCGUUCCGGCGAGGAUGCCUGGAGAGGCGGUUAUGGUAGAGGAGGAUUUGAUAGAGGGAGGCCUCACUAUGAUCGUUCCGGCGAUGAGGCGAGGCGAGGCGGUUAUGUUAGAGGAGGACUUGAUAGAGGGGGUGCCAGGGGAAGAGGCAGAGGUCAUGCCAGAGACGCUGCUGGACCUUCGGUUUGGGUACCCAGUGAAUCCGUUCAGCCUCGCAAUUCUGCUGCUCCUGAUCCAGUUCCCGAAUCGGAACCACGGCAAAUUUCACAAUCGGUUUCAAUCUCAUCUCCUACUACCCAGGUGAUGAAAGAUAAAAUUUCACCAGUUCACAGGCCUGACAAGGGUGGUACAUUAUCGGUUCGAGAUAGCAAGCUUCGUGUCAACCACUUUCCUCUCACAUUUAAACCUGACACUAUAAUCAUGCAUUAUAACGUUGAUGUGAAGCCCAUGUCACCUGCCAGACCUGGUCGACCUCAAAGAAUAUCAAAGUCUGACCUCUCUAUGAUUAGGGAGACAUUGUUUUCUGGUGACACUAGGUUGCCAUUGGAGAAGACAGUGUAUGAUGGAGAAAAAAAUAUUCUCAGUGCGGUUCGUUUACCAGAAGAAACUUUUACGGUGACUAUCUCGGCGGGAGAGGAUGAGAGAAGCUAUUCAUAUCAGGUCACCUUGACACUCGUUAAUGAGCUUGAGUAUCGCAAGUUGAGCAAGUACCUCAAUAAGGAGCUUAUGUCAAUUCCCAGAGACAUUUUGCAAGGGAUGGAUAUAGUGUUCAAGGAAAAUCCAGCCAAGCGUACAAUCUCUCUGGGACGUAGCUUCUAUCCUUCAAAUCCUCCAUUGUUACAUGAGGAUCUUCACCAUGGCAUAAUUGCAAUAGGAGGGUUUCAACACAGUUUGAAGCCUACAUCUCAGGGUCUGUCCUUAUGUCUGGACUACUCAGUUUUAUCUUUUCGAAAGCGAAUGUCAGUGUUGGAUUUCCUAUGUGAACGUAUUUCUAAUUUUAGGUUGGAAGAAUUCGGACGUUUCAGGAAUCGUGUUACGACGGAAUUGAUUGGGUUGAAGGUAAAUGUGACACACCGUAGAACCAGGCAGAAAUUCACCAUUGUUGGGUUAUCACCCCGUAACACAAGGGAUACCACCUUUCCUCUUAAGGAUCCAGAGGGCCGUAAUGACCCACAGCAAGUUACAAUUCUUGACUAUUUCUGGGACAAAUACAAUAAGGAUAUUGCAUUCCGAGAUAUUCCUUGCUUAGAUUUUGGGAAAGGUGUCUAUGUGCCAAUGGAGUUUUGCAUCUUAGUUGAGGGUCAGAGAUAUCCCAAAGAGUACUUGGAUAGAAAUGCUUCCAAGAAGUUGAAAGGUAUGUCACUGGCCGAUCCAAAGGACAGACAGAGUGUCAUACAAAGGAUGGUGGAGUCAAGUGAUGGACCUUGCGGUGGUGGUGUUAUUCAGAAUUUUGGAAUGGAAGUCAACACAACCAUGACUUCUGUUUUAGGACGCAUUAUUGAGCCACCGAGAUUGAAAGUAGGUGGUCGGAAUGGCCAGAUUAUGACAGUAAAGUUGGAUACGGAGAGAUGCCAUUGGAAUCUAGUUGGAAGAUCUGUGAUGAAAGGCAAGCCAGUUGAGCGUUGGGGCAUUAUUGAUUUUACAAGCUUCGAGUCAGAUUUCCGGUUCAAAUUAAGAUGUAAGGAAUUUAUUCCUAAGCUCAAGGAAAAAUUUAGAAGUUUGGGCAUUGGCAUGAGUGAUCCUCUUUGGGUUGAACGGUCUUCGAUGAAUCAACUUGAAAGUCAUGGUUCACUGUCUGCAUUACUUAAGAAAGUGAGCGAUUGGGGUUAUGUGCAAUUUAUUCUGUGUGUGAUGUCACAGAAACAUUUUGGGUACAAGAUGCUCAAGUGGAUCUCAGAGACCAAGGUUGGUGUGGUGACGCAAUGUUGUUUAUCUGGUACUGUGAACACAGGAAAUGAUCAGAAUUUUACAAAUCUUGCUCUCAAGAUCAAUGCCAAACUUGGAGGUAGCAAUGUUGAGCUUGAGAAUAGGCUCCCUUGCUUUGCAGGCGAUGGGCAUGUUAUGUUUAUAGGGGCAGAUGUCAAUCAUCCUGCUGCUCGAGACGUUAAUAGUCUGUCCAUUGCUGCAGUGGUUGGAACUGUCAACUGGCCUGCUGCAAAUCGUUAUGCGGCACGUGUUAGCCCUCAAUCCCAUCGGAAAGAACAAAUAUUGAAUUUUGGAACAAUUUGCCUGGAGCUUGUGAACUGCUAUGCAAAGCUGAACACAGUGAGACCAGAAAAAAUUGUUGUUUUCCGUGAUGGGGUGAGUGAGGGCCAGUUUGACAUGGUUCUGAAUGAAGAGCUGCAAGAUCUGAAAAGGGUUUUCCGAAGCGCAGAGUAUUUUCCAACUAUAACUCUGAUUGUAGCGCAGAAGCGACAUCAGACUCGGUUGUUCCGAGAGGAGCCUUCUGUCGGAAAUGUAUAUCCGGGAACAGUGGUGGACACAACAGUGGUACACCCUUUUGAAUUUGACUUCUACCUUUGUAGCCACUAUGGAAGCUUGGGGACCAGCAAGCCCACUCACUAUCAUGUGUUGUGGGAUGAGCACAGGUUUACCUCUGAUGCCUUGCAGAAGCUCAUAUAUGAUAUGUGCUUUACCUUUGCAAGGUGCACUAAACCUGUGUCUUUAGUCCCUCCUGUGUACUAUGCUGAUCUCGUUGCCUAUCGAGGACGGUUAUACUAUGAAGCAAAGACCGAGUUGGAGAGCUCGAAGCCGGCAUCGAUUCCUCCUUCAUCUGCUAAUGAACAGAGAUAUUUCAAGCUGCACGGGCACCUGGAAGACAUGAUGUUCUUUGUCUGAGGGACCACCUGUGGGCAGUUCUGUCAGUGGAUGAACCCAUGGCUGGGUCUCAUUGCAUUUCCUUGAGUUUGUGCGUGAAUCUAAUGGGUCACGAGACAUGAACUUUCUUCUGCUGUCUUUGUAGUUGUACUUCGUUCCUUUAUCAUUUCGUUAGACUGCUGGUGGUUGUUUGAAUGAUUGUGUUAAGCAUUAGUUUGUGUUCUGUGUUGUGUUCAGGGCAUUUGAUUGGCCUGGAACUCUUGAUGAUGACAUGGAGUUCGUUAUUCUAGUGCCUUGCCUGUGCUA